ACGCGCGCUCCCCCUCCUUUCCACUGAACUCCAGCCCCUCACGCUCUCUCUAUCAGCCUCUCAUUCCGUCUCAAUAUGUCUCAAGAUGGCGGCCAAUGCGGGAUCGAUGUUUCAAUAUUGGAAGCGCUUUGAUUUACAACAGCUCCAGAAAGAACUGGAUGCCACCGCCGCAGCACUGGCCAACCGACAGGAUGAGAGCGAGCAGUCCAGGAAAAAGCUCAUCGACCAGAGCCGAGAGUUCAAGAAAAACACUCCAGAGGAUCUACGGAAGCAGAUAGCUCCACUGCUCAAGGGAUUUCAAGCGGAGAUCGACGCCCUGUGCAAGCGGAGCAAGGAGUCCGAGGCAGCUUUCCUCAACGUGUACAAGAGAUUAAUUGAUGUCCCAGACCCUGUGCCAGCCCUGGAGGUUGUGCAGCAGCUACAGCUGGAGACUCAGAGGAUGCUGGACGUGGAGACGGAGAACCAGAAACUUCUGGAAACGCUCAAGGAGCACGACAAGGAGAGCGCAGAGGUUCAAAACCACGAGCUCACCAUUAAAGCACUUCAGGAGAAGGUAGAGGAAUAUAAGAGGUCACUACAGAGUCGGGAAUCAGACCAGGAGGAUGGCCCACCCAACGACCUUGUGGAGAGAGAGAGGGAGCUUCAGGACAAGCAUGAUGCUCUGGCUGCCAGACUACAGGAGACCGAGCUCAAAACACAGACCUUAGAGACAGAACUCGAAGCAGCCCGAGCCGAGCUGAAGGAGCUGAAGGAAAAGUACAGCGAGGAUGCGGACACAAAGGCCAACAAGAUGGAAGCGGUGAUGUCUGACCUAGAGGAAGCUAAUCAGAGAGCAGAGUCGGCCGAGAGAGACAUAGAGAGCCUGAAGGAGCAGCUUGCCUCCACCAGCAAGAGCCCUCACCUCUCCCCACAGACACACAAGGCCCCAGACACGGCUUUGGAGGCCUUGUCGUGCAGCAGUCUGGAGGCGGAGGUGUGUGUGCGGGACCGCGAGGUGCAGCGUCUGGAGGAAGACGUGCAGCGGCUGCAAGCCAGCCUCACCCAGCUCAGUGAGAGCUCCAGCACACACAUCAGCCAGCUGCAGCACCAGCUCUCCAGCAGGGACUCCACACUCAAGCAACUGGAAAAGAAGUUGCAGGAGCAGUCAGACUAUGAUGAGGUCAAGAAGGAGCUGAGCAUCUUCAAGUCCAUGGAGCUGAGCACAACAGAGAGGUCCACAGCACCGGAUGGCUAUAAGCCCUUGGAGAUGCUGCUGAUGGAGAAGUGUGGGAGCGGGCAGUCAGACCAUCACUUGCAGCGGUCGGCCAACAGCAGCCUGAGUGGGUCUUCGGGGCGUGGCGAUAAAGAGUCAUCAUCAGGGGACGCUCACCAGCGACUUCCUGCCACGCCCAUCCCGAGCCCCUCCCCUCUGCGUGGCUCGCCGCCUCCCCCUUCCUCCCAGCUCCUGAUGCUCCCGCGGGGCGCCGGCACCCCCUCCGAGUCCGCCUCCUCGCUCAGCGCCAACGGCACGCACCCCUUCUCUGACCUCCUCCCCCCGGGCAUGCAGGGUCUGGGCGCGGGCCCACUGGCCCCCCUGGCGGGCAAGGUGGCGCUGAGCUCGCUGCUCCAACGGCAGCUCAUGCACAGCUUCUACAGCAAGGCGCUUCAGGACUCGUCGCUGCUCUUCUCGGGGCCGCACGCCCACGCCCUCUCGGCCAGCCCGCUGCCCAGCCAGCCGGCCGCCGCCAGCCCGGACGCCGCCAACGGCUCGGCGCCCUCGCCCAGCCGCUCGGAAGGCGCCGGCAGCGCCUCGGAGGGCGAGGACAUGGACACGGCGGAGAUCGCGCGGCAGGUGAAGGAGCAGCUCAUCAAGCACAACAUCGGCCAGCGCGUCUUCGGCCACUACGUGCUGGGCCUGUCGCAGGGCUCGGUCAGCGAGAUCCUGGCCCGGCCCAAGCCCUGGAGCAAGCUGACCGUGCGCGGCAAGGAGCCCUUCUACAAGAUGAGGCAGUUCCUGUCCGACGAGCAGAACAUCCUGGCACUGCGCAGCAUCCAGGGUCGACAGAGAGAGAACCCAGGCCAGAACCUGAACAGGGUGUUUCAGGAGGUUCCGAAGCGAAGAACCGGCUCCGAAGGCUCCUCGAGGCCAGGGAACAUCACCACGCGGAUCCGCACCCCGGAGGGAGGCUCGGACGAGGCCAUCCGCUCCAUCCUGGAGCAGGCCAAGAGGGAGCUGCAGGUGCAGAGAGCAGCUAACCCCACCUACUCUACUGCUCUGCCCCCACCCGCUGCAGAUGGCGUGGGAGAGAGCGAGCCACCUCCCGCUUACCCCAGGGGCUUUGGAAGCUUCUCCCAAAAAUAUGCCCACAUUCUCAGCCUGGUAGAGUCGUCUCUGCCCGCCACCUCCUGCGGCCCGGCCGAAGCCAUGCGCUGCGUCAUGGAGAGCCAGGCGGCUUCCCUGAAAGCCUCCCUGCCCCAGUCGGAGCUGUCCCUGCUGGGGCCGAAGAUGCUGACAUCCCCCCUGUCCUACUCGCCCAUGGCUCUCUCCCUGAAGAAGCCUGCGCCCUCCCCGGCGCCUCUGCUGGACCCCCCCUGCCCGCCGGUGGUGAAAAAGGAAGGAGAGGACACUCCCAUCUCGGACACACUCCUGGGAGGGACCUCCUCCUCCUCCUUGUCCUCCUGGAGGGACUGGGGCAGCAUCCAAUCAGAUCGCAGAUGGGGCGGGGCUCUGCUGAUGACGGACGACGGGUUCAACCAAGACGAGAAGCCCCCUCGCCUGCCUGCUGUGGCCAUGCCCCCGUCCUCUCUGGACCCCUGGAAGGACUGGGCCGGUGGCGGCGGCGGUGGCGGUGGUGGUGGUGGCGGCGGCGACUCGCCGUACGCGCAGACCUCCCCCCAGAACAGCCCGCUGCCCUCGUCCUCCUCCUCGCCCCUGCUGGCGCUGCCCAAGCCGGCCAAGGCCCCCGUGGCGCCCCUCACCCCGGAGCAGUACGAGCUCUACCUGCACCAGGAGGUGGACACCGUGGAGCUCACGCAGCAGGUCAAGGAGCGCCUGGCCAAGAACGGCAUCUGCCAGCGCAUGUUUGGGGAGAAGGUCCUUGGCCUGUCUCAGGGGAGUGUGAGUGACAUGCUGUCUAGGCCGAAGCCAUGGAGUAAGCUUACCCAGAAGGGCCGAGAGCCCUUCAUCCGCAUGCAGCUGUGGCUCAACACUGGGCUGGGGCAGGGUCUGCUGUGUCUACAGGCGCCUACACAAGAAGGCUGUGGAUGGACGCGUCAGCACCCUGUCACACUGGAGACGCAUGAAAUGCAGAGGAGCCCUCCUGCCAAUGCUGAUGUUGUUGACGCGGGGCUGUCGGCACAGAGCAGACAUGAGACGGCGGGUGUGUGUGUGUGGAGCCACUAUGGAGACAUAACCCCCAAGACCUCGGCCAGCUGUAGCCCCGCCCCAGAGUCUCCGGUCAGCUCGGCCGAGGAGUCGGUGAAGAGCCAGGACCCCGCCGCGGCGCCUCCUGCCCCGACCUCCUCCUCCACCACCGCCUCCGAGCAGGGCGAGGCCAUGGAGUCGCAGCCGGGUACGCCGCUCUCUCUGCCCAUGCCUCUGCCUCUGCCCGGGCCGCCGGGCCUCACCAUCCAGGAGAUGGUGGCCAUGUCCCCCGAGCUGGACACGUACGUCAUCACCAAGAAGGUCAAGGAGGUGCUCACUGACAACAACCUCGGCCAGCGCCUGUUUGGCGAGAGCAUCCUGGGCUUGACGCAGGGCUCGGUGUCGGACCUGCUGGCGCGGCCCAAGCCGUGGCACAAGCUGAGCCUGAAGGGGCGCGAGCCGUUCGUCCGCAUGCAGCUGUGGCUCAGCGACCCCCGCAACGUGGAGAAGCUCAUGGACAUGAAGCGCAUGGAGAAGAAAGCCUACAUGAAGCGGCGCCACAGCUCGGUGAGCGAGACAGUCCCGAGCGACAGCGCCAUGUCGGCCGGGGAGUUUGGGCAGUCCUGCAGCCCCCAGCAGCAUCUGAAGAAGGCGCGUGUGGUCCUGGCCCCCGAGGAGAAGGAGGCGCUGAAGAGGGCCUACCAGCAGAAGCCCUACCCCUCGCCCAAAACCAUCGAGGAGCUGGCCAGCCAGCUCAACCUCAAGACCAGCACCGUCAUCAACUGGUUCCACAACUACAGGUCCCGUAUCCGCCGCGAGCUGUUCAUCGAGGAGAUACAGGCGGCAGCAGGAGAAGGCGGGGCGCGGGUGGCCCGGGUGGCCGAGGGCGAGAGCAGCUGCGACGGCACCGAGUCCGACAGCGGCGGCGGAGGAGGAGGCGGCAGCGGGAGCGUGGGAGCUGACGACCGGGGCAGGAGCCUCUCCAACAGCCCCAAGCCCAACCACCACCACCACCACCACUCCCAAGCCCACCUCGCGGAGGACGGCAGAGCCACCGCGCCGGGGACGAGCGACGGCUCCAAGCCCAGCGCUAUGGAGAGUCUGUUCGGCGGGGCCAUCGCCGCCACCGUCGCCGCCUCCACCACCGCCACCGCCGACAAGAACCCAAAG